UCCAUUCCUAUGCUGUGAGAUCGAGGAGUUAUUUGGCAACAUUGCUGCGACAUGACUAUCAUUGACGGGAAGUGGGUGGACCUUCCACAGAUUCACUGGACGACACACAAAUGACCACUCCAAUUCUUGUUUUGACCAUUAAAAGGUUUUAUCGAUACAUAAAUAUGGUAUUGAUCUAACGGAGAUUACACGCACCAACAUUGAAGCCAGUUGGAGAGUCACCAUGGUGUCUGCAGGAGAGCUGCUGCUGUUAGCCGGCCUAGUCUUGGCUGUACCUGCCAAAGGAGGGUUUUCCCAAACCAACCAUUUGGUGACAGCCCCACAGACAACACAAUUUCUAGAGAUCGGCUCUAACUUCAAGGCUACAUGCAUGAUCAUCAACACAACGGAAGUUACAGCUGAUGACCUCUACUGGAAACUGUCUAAGACUGUAGAUACUGUAUCCAAAGAGCUGUACACCAAGCUCAAUGAAUCGGCUAUCAGUGUCACGAUCCCCGUCACCAGUGUACAAUCUCAAUGGUUAUUUUGCAGGGCAAAAGAGGGAAAGUCCUCCUACGUUUACCUGAACCCAGGCAAAUUUAUGUACGGGGUCCAACUGAAGAAAGGCUAUCCACCAGGGAAGCCUGAGAAUGUUUCCUGUGUGGCCGUUCAGGAGAAAACUACAAUCUCCAGCAUCUUCAGCUGUCAGUGGGCGACAGUCGGACGUCAAACCAGCGAUGUCCCGACAGAAUACACCCUGAAUGUUGUAGUCAUUCAUCAGAACUACAAUGUGUCCACGGAGGGAACCCACGCCCAAGUGGACCUUGGUGACACUUACCCCCAUUUUAUGAACCUGGAGGUUUGGGUGGAAGCACACAAUAAACUGGGAAAAAUUGAGUCUGAGCAUAUAACUCAAGAUGCUAACUCGUUUGUCAAAACAAACCCUCCAUCAGACAUCAAAGUUAUUUCAGAGAAGGAUUUUCCCACCUCUCCUCUGAUGAACUGGACUCAGCCUAUUGAUAAAACUUAUGGGAAAUUAAAAUAUGAAAUAAGAUUCUGCGCAAUUGGAUCUCCAAAUUGGACUUAUGUACCUAAAAGCGACAUAGCCAUGGACAUCCAGAGCUUCAGACUCCAGAGCCUUCAGCCAUACACAGAAUAUAUCACUCAGGUGCGCUGCCAACUGGGCUACUGGAGCAACUGGAGCGACAACACAACCACGAAAACAGCAGAGGACCGACCAACAAGUAAACCAGAUGUGUGGAGAACCAUUGCUGAGGUUGACGGCAAAAAUGAACGGCGAGUGCAGUUUAUUUCUAAGGAUCCUGUGUUCGCCAAUGGGAGGAUAAUAACAUUUGACAUAAAGAUUCAAGAGCAAAAGAAUGACAAUUUGCAGUGGGAUACUAUCCUAGUGAACGGCUCAGAGAGCAGCGAUGGACAGCGGGUGAUCACCGUCCUUAAAGAUAUGCUCCUGGCUGACCUGAAAGCUGUCAAACUUUACGUCACCGCUAGCAACUCGGUGGGGAAAUCUCCCAUGGCAUCGUUACUCAUCUUAGCAAAAGGACAUGAGUACCCCCCCGUCAAAGGGCUGAAGGUGUGGUCAGCUGAGGGCAAGCUGUGGCUGCAAUGGACCCCCCCCAACGGUUCAGGAGUGUCCGAGUAUGUUGUGGAGUGGGUCAGUGGGGAUCAGACCGAUUGGCAGAGGGAAAACAAACACACCAGGCUCACUGCCAUUAAAGGCAACCUUGAGGAGUUUGUCCGCUACACCGUCUCUGUGUAUUCAAUCUACUCUGGACGGAUUGGAAAGCCAGCAAGUAAAGAAGUCUACCUGAAGGAUGGAGCUCCAUUAGAGGGCCCUGUUAGACUGAACGAUAAACCAGGACGUAACGAGGCAGAGCUCGGCUGGGUGGAGAUCCCCCUUCACAGGCGGCGAGGCUUCAUCACAAAUUACACCAUAAACUACAAAGGUGGAGGUGAAACACACGAGAUAACCGUGCCAGGCAACACCACCUCAUACACUCUGAAGUCGUUGUCCAGCAACACCAAGUAUGACACCUGGAUCAACGCUUUGACCGUCCGAGGCUCAGCCCAGAGCUCCACUCAGUCCUUCACCACUCUGAAAUAUGCUCCAGGAGAGGUGGAGGGCAUCGUGGUUGGAGUGAGCCUCGGCUUUCUGUUUGUUGUUCUGAUGACCAUGCUGCUCUGUGUCUACAAAAAAGACGUGAUCAAGGAGAAUCUUUGGCCUCGGAUCCCAAACCCCGGAGAGAGCACCAUCGGAAGCUGGUCUCCUGAUUAUCCUUUGAAAGCAGAGACACCGAAGGAGAACUGUCUGUCUGGCAUCAGUGUGCUGGACGUGGAUGUGUGUGAUGGAAAGAGUGUGUUUGAGGAGGACAAGGCCUGCCUGCCUCUGAAGAAGGACAAGUAUCUGUCCGAGGAGCACAGCAGCGGCAUCGGGGGCUCGUCCUGCAUGUCGUCGCCUCGCCAAAGCGUUUCCGACAGCGACGAGGGCAGCGACAUGGCCGACACCACCGCCAGCACCGUGCAGUACUCCUCCGUGGUGGCUUCAAACGGUUACAAGGGCCAGACCCCCAACCCCCACCCCCAGCAGGCGGUGUUUUCCCGCUCAGAGUCCACGCAGCCCCUGCUAGACUCUGAGGAGAACCCAGAUAUGAUGAUACAGGAAGGCAGCAGACAGUCUCAGCGUUUCAAACAAGAAAACCCCGCGGAAAUCCACCUUCUGGAGAUGGAUCAGCAGCAGCAGGAGGAGGAGGAGGGGGUGGAGUCGUUGGAUUUCUGUCCCCUGGAUGAGGAGAGCGAGCAGACGAACCCUUCAGAGGGUCAGUCGGCAGGAUCAAGCUAUAUGUCUCAGAGGGAGGGGUACAGGCCACAGUGAGAACAUAGACAAAACCCAAAAUAAGCCUGAAGGAAGUUAGCGGCGCGUUGUAGCUAUUUGUCCUUAGUGGCCAAACGAUGGUGUUGCAACCACGUCACGUGAUGCCUUUGGGCUCAAAAAAGACAUUUCCCAUUGACUUACAUUGCGAACGAGGCGGCUGUUAAUUGGCAAAUAAUUUUCUUUAAAGGUCACCUAUUAAGCAAAUUCAUGUAUUUUACACAUCUCUGUGUAAAGAGACUCUGAACGCUUCAGGAAAAAAAGAUUCUCUCUCUUUUUGUCCUGAUCCAUUU